UCCGCGCAGAGAGCUACGCGCAUAUUAUUCAUUCGCGCGAACGCAUUCGACUCGGUUCACCCGUUCGCGAGGCAUCGCGACCGCUUCAGUCUUUACGUUGUCUGCAGUCUUCGACGAUCCUUCUUCGAAAUUUAUCCUCGAGUUCGAGUAGUUUCAUUUCAUUCUACAUUGUAAUUCAUAAUUAACUUUCAAUUGAUAUUAAUUUUUUAAUAAUUUUUAAUUCGUACUAUAUCGUAAUUGUUAUUAAUUUAUAUAGUUUCGUAUUCGAUCGUAUUAAUUCGUACUUGAUCGUAUCCAUUCGUAUUUACUCGUGUUAAUUCGUACUUGAUUAUACACACGAUCGUGUUUAUUCGUAUUGAUUCGUAUUUGAUCGUAUUUACUCGUAUUAAUUCGUAAUUCAUUUAUAUGUUUGCCCUUAUUUAUUCCUAUAAAUUCUUAUUUUAUCGUAUUUUCUCGUACUUGAUCGUAUGUACUUCUUUUAACUUUUAAUUUGAUUUAAUUUAACUUAAUUUCUCUCUCUCUUUCUCUCUCUCUCUCCCCCCCUCUCUCUCUUUCUUUUUCUAAAGUAUAUAUUCAUACGUAUCACUUCAACCAAUCACUUCUCAGGACAGCUUGAUUAACCAAUAAAAAAAAAGAUUGAAAGAAGAGCAAAUUGGGAAGGCUGCAUUUGAAAUUUCGAGGACGCAUCCUUGGAUUCUUCGAUUUCCAAGCUCGAUUUUCACCUACUUCAAUCGGUUGGCGAACGAUUAGGAAGCAAAUCACGUGCUACUCACCGAAAUGAUGAAUCAUCAGGAUAAUCGUUUUAUCUGAACGGCCGUCGACAUCAUUACUAUUGAUAAAUUUCUACGCGAAUGGAAUUUUUGAUCGUAUUAUAAGAUUGAUCGAGCUAGGUACGCAUCAGUGACGUUGAUUGGCUCAUUCGUAAGCCGUGAAAUAUGAUCCUAAUGGAUACACUAAUGGCGUUCACGAAUAGAAAUAUAUAAUGAGUUUCUUAUCUUUUUCUAAUUAGAAUAAUAACGGGAUGCUGCUAACUCAACAAUAAAUUAUGAUAUUGCGAUGAUUACCAGGCAUCGAUAUACCAGUUUAUUCCUUGUAGGGCUAUACUUUUUUUUAAAUAUACCCGACGACUAUCAUGUUCUUGGACAUGGACGACUUAUGGAUCCACCAGGACGUAACAGUAUGUGGCGAUUUGGAUUUCCGAAUCCAGUGAAUUACAACGAUAAUGAGUUAUUCUGUGGCGGGUAUGCAGUUCAAUGGGUUCAAAAUAAAGGAAAAUGUGGGGUCUGUGGAGACGCAUUUCAUUUGAGCGAGCCAAGACCACACGAGGCAGGUGGUGAAUAUGCGAAAGGAACUAUAGUCAGACAUUAUACGGUUGGCCAGGAAAUCGACAUCGAGGUUGAGCUAACGGCUAAUCACAUGGGAGGAUUCGAGUUAUAUCUCUGUCCAAAUAAUAAUCCUAGGAGCGAAGCAACUCAACAAUGUUUCGAUAGAUAUCCUCUCUACGUAUCUGGUACACGAGACGUCCGUUUUGAAAUACCUUUGGAUACAGAAAAGAAAGCUAUAUUCCGUUACAGAGUUGUCUUACCGGCUUACAUAACUUGUACCCAAUGUGUCAUUCAAUGGAAUUAUUACACAGGUAAUAUGUGGGGUACCUGUGAUAAUGGUACAGAAGCAGUAGGAUGUGGUAGGCCAGAAACAUUUCGAAAUUGUGCGGACGUCAGUAUUGUGACAAGUACAGCAGGAGUUCCACCACCCUUUGUGCACGAUGAUAAUCCCUUCUUACUUUAUUACAGAGAUAUUACUUCACCGAACAAUAUAUUCCCGCUAAUAGUAAGAUCACAAGUUUGCGUACCUACGUAUUUUUAUCGACUUAUACCUGGCAUGACUGAUUGGUGUCAGGCCAAUUGUCUUCGUUAUCCACCGAAUUGUCCAAAUAUGGUCUGUCAGUGUCCAGAAGUGUGCGAUGCGAUAGGUGAAAUCGAAGGUAAAGAAGGUGCAAGCGUUUAUUGUAUGGAUAAAUGUCUGGUAUAUCCAUCUGAUUGUCCGAGUCAUCGUUGUCGUUGUUAUUGACAAAAGAAAAAAAAAAAAGAAAAAGAAAAAAGAAAAGAAAAAAGAAAACAAAAAAAAAUAGAAAAGAAGCUCAUCCAUCUUCAACAAUAAUAUCUAUGCCGUUUAAUGAUCAAACAAUUUGAUAGGCAAAAGACAAACGGAUGCUAUUGCAAUACUCAAUUAAUUAACCAUUAGAUUAUCGAUGUUGUCUUUCAUAUCACGCCGUCCAUGUAUGCUUGUCCUCUUUUUUUUUUUUUUGAUUAUAAAGAGUGUUUCGUAUCGAUUGCAUGUUCAACGAAUGUUUCCUAUUAUAUGUAUAAAUGAUUAAUUAGAUUGUAAGUAAAAACUCACGGAAUCGCAGAAGAGAGGAAUCUAAAGGAUUUCAAAAAAACAAAUAACCUGCGAUGGUUCCUUCCAUUGUAUACGAGAAGAUAACAAAAAAAUAUGACUGACA